AUGGAGGACAGAAGCAGCUGCAACACUGGCCGGGAGCGCUUGGGACUACGCUUCACCAUAGACUACCUGCUGUACAACAAGGACAGUAAGAGCAUGAGAGAGGAAGCAAAGAGUCCCCCAGCAGAACAGACCUCUCAUAGUCCAGUGGAGGAGCGGAGUCCUGACAUCCUCUCAGAGAGGGACAGUAUCGAACUUGGGAGCCCUGAGAAGGGGCCCGAAGGAGAAGAGGGGUCAGAGGAGGAGGAUGAAGAGGAGGAGGUCAAAGUGAAAGAAGAUCAAGAGGCGACCACUACAGACAGUCCACGGGACAAGCCCACCCAGUCCUACAUCGCCCUUAUCUCUAUGGCCAUACUUGCUUCAGAGGAGAAGAAGCUGUUGUUGUGUGACAUCUAUCACUGGAUCAUGGAUAGCUACCCCUACUUCAAGAGCAAGGAUAAGAACUGGAGGAACAGCGUCAGACACAACCUGUCUCUGAACGAAUGCUUUGUGAAGGCUGGUCGGAGUGACAAUGGUAAAGGCCAUUUCUGGGCCAUCCACCCCGCUAACUUCCAAGACUUCUCCAAUGGGGACUACCAUCGCCGCCGAGCUCGCCGCAGGAUCCGCAGGGUGACAGGACAGCUCCCGUAUGCCCUGCACGCACCCUAUUACCCCCUCAACAGGCCCAGGGGGGUGCCAUGCUGGUGCUGCCCCCCAGCCCACCCUCUCUCCAUGGCCCACCCUCUGUCCUGCCUCUCAGCCAGGAUGUAUUGGAGCUGGGCUAGCCAGUAUGCCAGACGACACCCAUCCCUCCACGCUCCGGUUCAAUAGCACCACAUAGAAUUGGAUGCAUGUUUGAUGUUGAACUACUCUUUGUAUGACAGGUGGCUG